AUGCCAAGCCAGCAGAAGAAGAUCAUCUUUUGCAUGGCUGGCGUAUUGAGCUUUCUCUGUGCUCUCGGAGUGGUGACCGCAGUGGGGACCCCACUGUGGGUUAAAGCCACUAUCCUCUGCAAAACAGGGGCUCUGCUUGUCAAUGCGUCAGGGAAGGAGCUGGACAAGUUCAUGGGCGAGAUGCAGUAUGGUCUUUUCCACGGAGAAGGCGUAAGGCAAUGCGGGUUAGGAGCAAGGCCUUUCCGGUUCUCAUUCUUCCCAGAUUUGGUCCAAGCCAUCCCUGUAAGCAUCCACGUCAAUAUUAUUCUCUUCUCCAUGAUUCUUGUCGUCUUAACCAUGGUGGGGACAGCCUUCUUCAUGUACAAUGCUUUUGGCAAGCCCUUUGAAACUCUGCAUGGACCAUUGGGGCUCUAUCUGGUCAGCUUCAUUUCAGAUGCCCUAAGUGAGAGAAAUCAGAACCCUCCUGGGAUAAAGUUAGCACUGCAGCCCAUGCCAGAGAGCAACAGGCAGGAGUAUGGCAAGGACUGGCUUCGGACUGAGGGGAAAAAGAUUCGGUUACCCCGCUCUCCAUCUCUGGGUGCAAUUCAGAGGAGAAGCCCAUUUGGAGACGAACGGAGAGUUCUGAUGGGCAGGCUAACCAGCAGUAUCUGA